UGUUUUCGAAAACAACAGUAUCAAAAGAUAAACUAAUUGCUGUCUAAUAUAAAAAUCGAAUCAAAAAAUUGUAACCUCAGUGCAACUGCAAAUAUGAAACCGUUGUUCUAUAUUACCGUAGCCGCUGUUUUGGCUUUAACCGCCGCCGACGACGUCGACGUCGACGUCUCCGCCGAACUUGAGAAGCACAUGACCCAAUACAAGGAGCUGGCGAUCAGCGAAUUCAACAGGAUGUGUCCCAACCGCGAAAACGAGAUGAAAGUGGCACUGGAACAGGUCGAAGAGUGCGCCAACAAAAUCACCAACUACAACAGGAACACUAUGUGCAACAUAUUCCAUACACAUUUCGUCGAGUGCACGAAACCGCUCAACAAACUUUUCGUCGACUGUGUCCCGGAGGACGCCAAAGGAACGCCGGAAUUCAUCUUCCAUGCCAUGGCCCGAUUGAACGACUACAUCUGUACGAUGGACGGAGAGCAUAUCAUCGAACUUUUGAAUCCCUGUUUCUGGUGGGGCGGCACCGACGACGACGUGAACUGCGUGACGAACGUGAUGAAGAAGUACUCCUACAUGAAGGACAAGAUGCCAACGAAAGUGCAACUUUGUCAUCUCUUGGACGAAUUGAACGUUUGUCUGGGUGAUCCGCUUAAGAAGUCCUGCAAAAAUCCAGUCACUAGAGAAACUUACGCCAGGAUCUUCCAAGCCAUUCACGCAGGUUGUUAGAAUUAUAUGUUAUUUGAUUGAUUGAAAAUGUAGAUUAAUAAAGAAUUUGCUUUUAA